AUGUAUAAUACUAAUUCUUACCAUUAUCAAAAUCCAAGUAGAAACUAUUAUGGGAACGGUGGCCAGUAUAACGGACACACAUCAGCAUCCAAUCGUUAUCCAUCCAAUCGUCAAGAUCCAUACAUUCAGAAUGGAAAUAGUUACAAGAGUCCGGCUCAUUUUAAUAAAAAGCCUUAUGUGCCACAAUAUGCUAAUCAAAAAUCUUUACCAAUAUCAAAGAUAAUAAUCCAACAUUGUGAACUAAUUAGCGAGUAUAGUGAAACAAUAACACCUUUAGAAUUACGAAAAAUAUUUGAUGAUUUUAUUUAUGAAUUAAAACCAAAACCACGUAAUCCUCGCCAUAUGUAUGAAAUUGCUAAGGUAUUAAUCGACGUUGAUGGUCAAGUAUUACUUGAUCCAGAAUUACGAGAUCAUGAAUUUUAUGUUUUGAUAAGAAAUACAAUAAGAAAAUUAUUAAAUAAAUGGUAUUCAAGAUAUAACGGUAGUUUUUUAUCAAAACACGAAUAUAUUACAGUUUAUAAUGCAAGUGAAAUAUUGCUUAAUAUGGUUCAUAAUGUGUCGAAUGAUACAGAAAUUGAAACACUUAAUCGAUUACUAUUAAAUUGGCAACUUAUUGAUUCAAUAAAAAAUUAUUUAGAUACUGUUAGUAAGAAUGGAAAACAGUUAAAUGAUCCAGAUAUAGAUAAUUUUGAUAUUAUCAUUGAUGUAUUGGGUGAUUAUCAACGUCAAACCAAAACACAGCUGAGCGAUGUUCAUUAUUUAUUCGCAUUAUUAGAGCCCAUUGUGAAUAGUAUUUGUUCAGAAUCUUAUAUGCAUGCAUUUAGACUAUUGAAACCAGAUGCUAAAGCAUUAGUAGGACAACAAAAAUUGUUUCUUGUUCGUUGUCCAGGCUAUUUAACAUCAUAUAACGGCACUCGUCAAGAAGAAUUAAUAAUCAGAUUAUUCGAAAUUAUGAUUCCACGUUUUGAUGAAAUAUUAAAUCAAUAUGUACCAUCGAUAAAACAAUGGAAAGCACCUGUUAUGCGUUCAAUACAUCAUAUUGUCAGUAUGUUAAAUUAUGGUGCUAGUAAAUAUCAAUCAUGUUCAAAACGUUUAGGUGAAAAAAUGUCUAUAAUCGAUAAUAUUCUAAUCAUAUUAGAAGAACCAGUAAUGAUUAAUAAUAUAGUUGAAAACUUAACAAAUCAACAAACAAUAUUAAUUAAUACUAUUUGUGUAUUCAUGUCAAAUAUAAUUUAUGAUUCAACAAUAUUAACAUAUCUCAAACAGAAAGAAUUAACUCCAAGAUUUACAGCAUUGACCCAAUCAAAAAAUGAGCAAAUACGAUUAAAUUGUCAGAUGAUAUUAGGCUAUAUUAUGAAAGAAGAUGAUGUAACAGAUCCUCAAAAAAUUCUCGCUAAAGUCGUAGAUAAUUUAAAAAAAGCAUUGAAUGGAAAUUCGACUGAAAAUAUCGAUGUAUUAGCUGAAAGUUUGAAAGGACUUGUUCAACAUGAGCAAAUCAAAGAAGAAAUAAUUCGAGAAAAUCUACUAGACUUAAUCAUUGGAUGUGCAUUAAAAUUUACUGGUGAAGCUAAACAAUCAGCAUUAGAAACAUUAUGGUCAAUGACAUUUAAUGAACAAGGAGCAGAAAUAUUGAGAAAUAAUAAAUUACUUAUUUCUAAUAUUCAAGCACUAGUAAAAAUACAUCCAACAACACCAGACGACGAAGGUAUUCAAAAAGCAGCUGACGGUCUAUUAUGGAAAUUACAAAAAGAGGCAGAAUUGUUAGCGAAACUACCGGAUGAUGAAGAAAAAGUGACAACAAAAACAUUAGUUACAGCAGCUGAUGGAUCACAACAAAUAAUAACAACAACAGGACAACCUGUUGAACGUGUAUAUCAGUAUGAUAUAAUGAUCAGUUAUUCAUGGGCCGAUAAAGAAUUAUGCUUAAAAAUACAUCAAUUUUUGAUUGAUAAUGGUUAUAAAAUAUGGCUCGAUUUGAACAAUAUGCACGGACCAGCUAUGAGUGCAAUGGCAGAGGCUGUUGAACAAUCUGAAUUUAUUCUAUUGGGUAUGUCUGAUACUUAUAAACAUUCAACAAAUUGUCAAGCUGAAGCCGAAUAUGCAUUCAAAAUGAAACGUCGUUUAAUUCCUUUAAUAAUGACAAAAGGUUAUAGUCCCGAUGGUUGGUUAGGUUUUUUGAUUGGUUCACGUAUCUAUAUUGACUUUGGUCGAUAUGAUUUUGAGAAAGCAUGUCAAUUAUUGCUAAAUGAAAUACAUUUACAACGUAAACAAGCAUUAGUAGCAACAGCAGCUCGUCCAGUAAAAACAAGUAUUGAAGAUGUACCAAAACCACAACUACCACCACCACCACCACCACCACCACCAAAACCAAUUGAAAAAGUAUCUAAUUCAGAUGCAAUAAUUCAAAAAUAUUCAAGGCGUGUAGUUAAACGAUCAUAUUCAACUAAAUCAAUCGAACAAUGGCAAGAUGAUGAUGUGUUAGACUUUUUAGCUGAUCGAAAAUUAUAUUUAAUGAUGCCAUUAUGUGAUGGUAUGAAUGGACUUGCUCUAUUACAAUUAUAUAAAAUGUGUCAAUUAAAAGUAAAUGAUACAUAUCAAUUAUUAAAUAAAGAAUUGAAAGAAUCAUAUAAACUUACAUUAUUAAUAAGUGUUUACACCAGAUUUUUAAGUGACUGUGACUCGAUAAUUACAAAAAAAGUUAACCAAACAUCAAUUAUUCCAUACAGAAUACCAAAGUAUUUUCCUAGUGAUAUUAUUGAAAUAGAAACUGAAGCAGAUCCUAAAGUAACGCUGAGAAUGGCUCAACAACAUGCAAAUAAUAUACCAUUAUUCAAACAGCUAAUGAAAAAGCAAAAUUAUUAUUCUAAGCGAUAUGUAUGA